AUGAGCAGUUCUCUCGUGGCCACAGAUGGUCCCGACGAGUCUAAGAGACGCCGCCGCUUCUCAUCGCCAUUUCGGCGAUCAAGGUCUCGACCAAGAUCGGUCAGCGUGCCUUUUCCAAGCACUAUAUCACUGGUUUCGACUACUUCGUUGACUAGGGCUCCCACCGAUGUACCAGAUAUACCGAAAGCUUUCCAAGGUCGCCCGCAUUCGUAUCACGCACCGGACCUAGGCAUGCACCCCGCACACCGAGGUUCGGCCGAUCAGUUGACUCCCCUGUCUCCAUCGUACGCACGAGGUCGUACAGGAAUACAAGCUUCGCCAACAAGAACAAGCUUUGUAUCGGAAACCGAGAUACAGGACGAUAUUGUGCCGCUGGUGCCUCCUAUACCUACUGGAGUUCACAAUGAGCGGUGGGGCAGACGAAGUCGAAGUUGGGGAAACGCAAGCUUAAUGCUUCAGUCUGCGAUACGACAUGCCACACCGCCAGCCAAAGUAUCUCGAAGUGUAGGGACCAGUCCAAUCAUCACCGAUUUCGACAUACCUGAUAGCAAAGCACACCAGCCACAUUCCGCCAGUGUUUUGCCACGUGCGCCCUGGAAUGACGAUAGAAGCGGUAAGACCAACUCACCUCGGGCCGGACACAGCUCGCCAAUCACGAAAGGCCUCUGGAUGGGUGAUACUUCUCCAGUCCUUUCAAAGCGUACACUGGCAGAGGCUGAUCGGAUUGAAGACGAGACGAGUCAUCAGCCGGUGCUGCCAGUGUACACUGAUGGCACGCCAGCACCUGCAGACCUAGUCCAGCUUUCUGAGCAGUAUGAUGGAUCAAAAGACACUCGAUCAUUGGACUCGAGCAAAGACCUAGACAGCAAAAACACAUCAGAUACGACCUACGAGCCGCUAGCAAAGUCAUCCUCGCGUUCAGAAGAAGAACAAUCCCUUCCAUGGCCAGGAACACUACUCAGCACAAUCAAGAGUGACAAGGACGGCGAGAAACAGGUCAGGCACUUGGAUGAAGCACCUAUUCCACAAAGCUUCGCGAUGCGGUUUUCGGGUGAAGUCAGUCCUUUGCUACGCUCAUCAAGGGCAUCUUUGCAGGAAGUCUCUGAUGAUGAUGAUGAUGAUGAUACUGGGCUAUCCGACCAUACCGUUGAACAGGCUGCGCAACGGCCAAACUGGGAGACUGAAGUGAUUGGCGCUGGCGAUGUAUCCGAUGAAGAAGACAGCGCACUGAAUGCGGAAGACAGGCUGCGGAACAGCUCUUCGCACAGAUUCGAUGCAGACGAUCAGGUUGAACAACCCAAGAACAAGGCUAGAACUAUCGUUGCUAGCAACUUCUCCGAUGAGAACGAUUCACUAACAAAAACCUCCAAUCCUAAGGCCAACUCAUUACACACGAUUCCUGGAGACAAAUAUGGCGACCAAACAAGCUUCGACGCUAAGAUUAUUGGCGUUGGCGACGACGUUUCGCCUACCAGCGAUGCCAUGGACGUCCCUACAAUUGGGGAAGCCUCCAGUCAGGCAUUUGACAUGCAGUCGGCGCUCGAGAGCAAAGUCGUCGGCGCGGAUGAUGUGUCGCCUGUUUCGACACGGUCAUCAUUUCUUGUUGCCACAUCUUCAAACAGAGAUAACGACCACAUUCACGAAGACGAGUCCAUCAAGAAAUGCGCACGAUCCAGUGUCGAAAAAUUCCACACCGCUGGUGUCGGGUCUGAUCUUGAGCCUGUUCAAUCCAGUACAUGGCGGUCAGAUCAAGGUGAAGGCAUUGAGGAACGACCUCGUAUUGAAAGAUUCGAAACGGCGCAGGAAGAAGUGCAGGGGUCAAGCGAGCUGACAAUCCCAAAAGUUAGGCAACCAGCAAGCCGGUACGCGACUGUUGUGGCUCCUGAGCAAGUUGCAUCCUACAAGGAAUACACUGGAAGUUCGACAAGUUCCAGCGAUGAUUUGCUUCAGGCAAUGAAGCCCGAGGCAUCGACUGACGCAUUGACCCCGCAACGAGCCGAGCGAGCUGAAGCGAUGCCAGCCGCGACGCGACAGAUCUCCGCGUCUCAGCUGCAAGUCGUCCACGCCGUCGAAGAAUAUGCUGCAUCCAAUUCGUCUCUUGCGUCAUGGGACCAGGAGAGUAACUCCGCUGAUGUGAUCUCCGAACCGGGCACAGCCGUCGAGAUGAAGGACGAAAGCGACCUGGUCACCCCCGUGGCUCAGGUGCCAAGGAACGCUCACCAAGGACAGCAGGCUGACCAGGCUGAGAAUCCAAACCAAAACUCAUAUUAUGCAGCGCCCAAUGGAUACUUCAAUGGGAAAUCAUCGUCCGAUUCAAUUCAUCAAGCGCAUCAUCCACCGGCCCCCGCGUCUAAUAUGGCUGUGCCUGAGCGCUCAAAGUCUUUACUAUCAAUGAUAUCCUCAGCCGUCUCGAGCACGCCGAUAUCACCUGCAUCGAGUAACGCUGGGAGAUCAACGCCUUCGACGAUAGAUCGAAUGCAGCGUGACUUUUUCAACGCCAAAACAAGUAACCUCACCGAAGUGCAAAUCCCGGAAGAACCUACUUCAGCCAGAGACGAGCAGAAGCCAACAGCCAGACAUGAGGAAUACGAUUUGUAUGCCGAUCACAAUGGCGUGGUCAAGGAUGUACGCGACGAGAACGGCCACCCACUGCGUGUUGAUCCCACGCCUAACGUCGCUCCUGCACAGCUGGCGCGAACAACAACCGAAUCCUCUUCUGUGACAACCAUGCCAGACACACCACACUCGCGUGCUAGAAGAUACAGCUUUGAGAGGCCUAUGAGCUUCAUCUCUGGACCUCAGGACGAUGACGGGAGGCCUCAAGAUCAGAUCAACCAGCCCAUCGCAGGCGCCUUGACUACACCACUAAUUCCACCUCAGUCGAAACGAAGAUCACAGCAGUACCGGUCAGCUCCUUCAGGUGCUAUCUAUUCAAACAUCGCGCCGGUCCAAGACACACAUUGGCCACCUGGUGAGGUAACCUCGCAGCCGCCGGUCCAGCCUGUACAGCAACCGGCGCAAGAGCCAGUUUCUACAAAGGUUGUCCGCCAGCCGACACGUUUCGUUCCCCACAGUCAUAAGGGUAACGAGGGUGAAAAAUCUCCUGCACAACAAGCACCGGACCUCCUACCUCCACAACGAACACCGCCAUCAAUUCCAUCGGAGAUACCUCCUCCCAACGGACAACUACCAUCGGACACCUAUCACCGGGAUCGACAUCCACAGAACCUUCGCACGAGUGGGGAUGUCCAGGUACAGCAAGCUCCUCGAAGUGUCUCCGCUCCUUUGCAGCACCAGUCAAUGCAGGGUCAGGACCCCCGUGUUGCAGGCCCAUCACCUGGAAUGUCUCCUACAGGAACUUUCGCAGGGCCAAGGAAUGAGUUUGAGUACCGACAACAGAUGAUGCAGCUUCCGGCGAAACACCCUAGCCGCGGCACAGAAAGUCAAGCUCUCAACAUGCAACAACCGAGCCAAAGUCAGCAGGUGAUUCAACCCUUUGAAAAGCCAUCGAUAAAACCUAGGUUAGCGGCUACCAUCAAAGGCAUCGUCGGUAGAACUUCGCCAAAUGCCCCACAAACUCCGAACGUACCUCCAGCGCCGUCAAACUUGGCCCUUAAUGCUCCACCAACCGAUGCCAGCAGACCGGAAUCGUUCGUGUCUGCAGCCAGUGGUAUUUCGCAAGAUCAGAUUACAUCAGCUUCUGUGGGACAAUCUGGUGUUAUUGCAGCUCCGCAGCAGCCUCCUAGUCUUGGUGCGGAGUCACAUUACAACCAUGUCAGCCAUGGUACCACGCAAGUGCAGCCAGCACAGUCUCGACAAGAUCCCAUAAUACCUGCGAUACGCGCUCAACACGAGAAUAUUCAUCCGCAGCCACAGCAGCAACUAGCGCUUCCACAAGGCGCACAGUCACAGAAUUAUCGUGCUUCUACUGGUACCAUACCAGACGCAGGAAAGAAGAAAAGGUUUUUGGCGUUCACUGGUCUCUUUGGCAAGGGGAAUGCAGCUGCAGAGCUCCAAGGAAAGUUCAAAUUGUCGAGAGAAGAGAAGAAGGCGCAGAAGGCUCAACGACAUACUAGUCAACCUAUCUUGCAGUCUCCGCCAGUCCAGCAAUGGCUCCCACCGCAUACGCACAUCAUUGCCCCUCAGCAGCCUGUUAUGUCUUAUGCCUCCGGCCAAGGAUUGGCUACAGCCGGACAUUCAGCACAACCUGCGGAUCCACGGUUGGUGCCUCCCCAUGGGCCAGCGCACCUGCAACCGCAGAUUUUGCCGGACAUGCCUUCACCGCAAGGCCUACCUCACCAACUUCCGCAGCCGCAGAUGCAGCCACAUCUGCAGCAGAUAUAUCCACAGCAACAGCAAAGGCCAUUCACGCGAUUGGACGAAGGCUCUGCGUAUCUGAGGACGAAGCAGAUAAAUGAAGAACGCCAAGCAAGACAAAUAGAUGACCAGCCGCCACGAUCGGUCUAUGAAACUCCCACGCUGAUAGAUUCUGUCCCACAGUCGCCAGUCGAACAAUCUCAACAGCCGGCCCGACAGUCACUCUCAAGGCUGCCGUCAAACGGAUACUACUACCCCGAGAAAGCUCAGCCAGAGCAAGGCGCUUAUAGGACAUCUUUGGAUGAAUACCAACGGACUCAGCAGCAGUUGAGACAGCAACAGUUCGAAGUGGAGCAGCGACUACAUGCAGAUCUACCGCGUUAUCCAAUAGGGCAAGGAGUGCACGGCACAUAUGUAACUUUACACCAACAAGCACAAGAGCAGAGGCAGCAACAGUUUACGAAAAGGGAUGGAGCAUAUGGAGAUUCGCAAGCCAUAAGUCAGCAAGCACCACAGCAACGACAAGAAUCUGGCUUCGAGCAAGGAGCUUAUGGAGCGACCCACGAAGAAAGGCAGCGCAUACAGCAGCAAAUGCAGCAUCCGUUGCAUAGACCAGAAGUCUUCGGACGAUCUCAAAUUCACUAUGACCAGCUGCAACAAUUCAACCCGCCGCAACGAACGAACAAUCCACCACUGGACCGAUACCAGCAAAUAACGCCGAGCCAAGAGCAGCCGGCUAUGACAAGGGAGGAACGUAAAAGGCAAGCUGAACAUGAGCUGGUACAACACAGGUUGCAACAGCAGCAGCUCCAACUUCAUCAAUUUCACCUUCAGCAGCAAGCUCAGCUUGCUCAACAGCAGACUGCGAACACUCGAAGUGUUUCUGGACCACUUCUUAGCCAAGCUUCGCCCCCUACCUCGCCUAUCGCGCAACGUCGUGUAAGCUCAUCUAUGGCUGAGCCUCAGUACGAAACCCCUCCGAUUCCUGGGGCAUAUGGCCCCGUUCAAGGCGUCUUUGUGUCUCCUCUCGACAGGGAGCAGCAUGCUUUCACGACACCGCACAGCCAUGCUGGCCGACAAGAGUCAGACCCUCAGAUGCAACCAAUCUCACCUCAAGUAUCUGCGCAGUCUCAGAUGCCACCGAACACGCGACACCAUUCAGAUGCUAGUACUAUGUCGGUAGUUUCGCCUAUUUCUGGGCCUACACCGGAACCUCCUGCAGCUGGACCUGCGGCUGACCAGCGGCCACAGAAAUCUAGGAUGCCUAGCAUAUCUGAGGUACGUCAGCAGCAGCCAGAUCGACCGUGGCACAUGAAUUUCCCUGCUGGUACCACCGAGCAGGACAUUGUUCGAGCUCGCCAGAAGCAAUUUUUUCAGCAGCAGUUUGCGUCUCAGCAGCAGGCCCAGGCAGAAAGGCAUGCUUCUUCGCCUUCUCCUCGUGUGUCGCCUGACAAGCAGUCUUCACCAUUCUCGCCGCCUGUCUAUAAUACCCAAGAGCCUGGCGGUGGCUUCAGAGAGGUACUGCCGCGAACCUCACCACAACCAUACCCUGCGCCCUUUUCAGCACCACUUGAUAGACCUUCACAUAGCCCACAACCGGCAUCUCUUAGUCCUCAAGAAGGCGCUGGGUGGCCUCUUCGCUCGUCACCUGGCCCAGUGGGUCCUAUACAGCCGCCUCCGACUGAGCCUCAUACUCCAAGACCUCAUGGUGACUUCGACCAACGGCAACAUGAGCCACAUGCACCAAAUCAAGUCCAGAUUGCGCCUGAAACGCAACUCCAGUAUGACGAAGAUGUCACCGAUGACGCACCGCCAACGUACGAUGGUCCGGGUGUGCCCAAUGACGGUAUGGAGAAGAGUAAUCCAGACCGCCCUCAACCGCCUGACAUCGUGACGGCACCGAACGAUCAAGGCCGACAACAAGAUGGACGGCCACGCCAAGCUUCUCUUGGGCUCAUGCAGCAUCCUCAACCUGCCUCUAUGGCCGCAUCGCCUCAACGCACAGCCCCUAAUAUGGGUGCCGAAUCGCUCCGCCGUCAAAUGCUUCAACAAGAGGAGCAUGCCCGCAUGGAGCGUAUCCAGCGCUCACAAAUGCAGGCUGCACAACGGCAGCGGGAACAGCAAGAACGCGACGCCGCCCGUGCUCGGGCACGAGAACUCGAGCGCAGCGUCUCUGGCGGAGGGCGAGUUGGCAGUCUCCGAAGCGUCCGCGGUAGCCACAACGGUGGUACGCCUGGUUGGGAACGGAGAGGUCUGCAAGGCGGCAGUAGCCGCCCUGUGUUUGAGUUGCCUGCGCUGGAAGACGAAGAGCCUGUCAUGCGAGCUACUAGUUUUCCAGGACAGGAGUGGGUACCACCCAUGUAUGUCGACGACUAA